AUGGAGAACUCCAUCAAAAAUGUACCACGGGACCACAACCGUGUUGCGAUCUGGGCACAGUUUGUAAAAGCGAUUGAGGAGCAUGAUUUUGACACAACUCGAGCAUUGUUUGAUGCCGGCAAGCUGGGCCAAGAGCACAUAUGGGAGGAGUUCGAAAUGGCCCGAGACUGCACGCAGCAAAUCAGUUGCCUUCAACGCUUGGGAUCCGACUACAUUGCUCGGACUUCGCCCCGCGAUUUGCACUCCAUCGAAGACUUCAAAGCGGCCCAGGCCCGCGGUCUUGACCUUCGGAGAACAGGCCACCUGUAUCUGCAAGAUUUUGCAAAUCGGCCCGAGGUACUGGACUAUCUUCUUUCACAAGGCAGCGACGUCACCAGAACUGAUUGUCGGCGGGAGUACAAUGGGCGAAAUGUGAUUCCAGGGAGAAUCGAUACCUCACUACAUCUGUUAGACCAAGUCGCUGCUUUAGGAGACGUCAACCUCUUCAACAAGCUGGUCUCGCUAGGAGCCGAUCCUUUGAAAAGCGAGGCUCUACACCGAGCCUCCAAGUGCCAUGAUGAGGCCAAAUCAGUCGCCAUGAUAUCCUGCUUGAUAGACCGCCACAACAUGAGUAUGGAGGUCAAGCUGCACGCUGCAUAUACUAAUGGCUUGGAUACAGGACCAGAACGCGGGACCCCGCUCUGCUCUGCCAUCUAUAAUCGCAACCUGCCCGUCGCAGCUGAACUCUUACGGAGAAGCAAGAAAGAUGACCUGUGGUCCGCUAUCGUUACUGCUAUGGGAGGAUCAAGGGUACAAUACAACGAACCGGCACUACAUUUGCUGCUAGAUCACGGAGGAUUAGAUCUCCAGAAGGUUCUCGACGAAGCCAUUCACUGUGAUAAUCUCCGCGCUGCAACUGUGAGCUUGGAGCACGGCGCAGAUGCAGCCUUUGCACUUCGAGAGCAGCUGCAGCAAAAUGAGCUUGCAUUAGCCCAGGAGCUAAAUCCUCCAGCCUACAAGGACAGAGAAUACUACCGAGAGAUGUCUGAGGAGAUGAAAGCACUACUUGAGGAACGGGCAGACAAAACAUUGAAAGCAUCAAUUGAAGCGAGCCGAUUGUGA